AUGGCUUUCUUCUUCAAUCGCGGUCGCUCGCGGCAACCCGCCGAGAUCGUUCGAUCAACGAAGGAGAUAUUAACAAGAAUCCAUGAUUCGCAAAAUGCCCUCAAGACUGAAGACGAGCUGGCCAAGCAGCUCGGCCAAAUGAAGCUGAUGGUGCAAGGAACACAGGAGGUAAAUACAUCACCCGAACAAGUCCACGCUCUCGUCCAAGCAACUCUACAAGAAGACUUGCUCUAUGAUCUAUCUCGAAGCAUCCAUUUACUUCCGUUUGAAGCCAGAAAAGACACUCAAACCAUAUUCUCGCAUAUCCUUCGCUUCCGACCUGUUUCAUAUGCAGACGACAAAGACCCCCCAGUUAUCUCGUACCUGGUCCACCAUCGACCAGAAAUCAUUAUUGAGUUAUGUCGGGGGUACAUGCAACCCCAGAGUGCCAUGCCAUGUGGUGUCAUCCUCCGAGAGGCGUUAAAGUUCGAUGUCAUCACCGCUGUUGUGCUUUAUGACCAGUCGAGUGAGGGCGAGGCUGCUGUGCGGUUGUCGGAAUUGAAGCCGAACCUUCCUCAAAGAGGGGAUGGUGUGUUUUGGAGAUUCUUUGACUGGAUAGACAAGAGCAAUUUUGAAGUGAGCGCGGAUGCAUUCACAACUUUCCGGGAGAUUUUGACCCGUCAUAAGAGCCUCGUCACUGCAUACUUGGCCACCAACUUUGAUCUUUUCUUCGGCCGAUUCAACAACAUCCUUGUCCACUCGGACUCAUAUGUGACCAAACGACAGAGCAUCAAGCUUUUGGGUGAGAUCCUAUUGGACCGUGCAAACUAUAACGUGAUGAUGGCAUAUGUGGAGAGUGGUGAAAACCUGAAACUCUGCAUGAAAUUGCUGCGCGAUGAUCGCAAGAUGGUACAAUAUGAAGGGUUCCACGUUUUCAAGGUCUUCGUGGCAAACCCAACUAAAUCGGUGGCGGUGCAAAGAAUUUUGAUCAAUAAUCGCGAUCGAUUGUUGCGAUUCCUGCCUAAGUUCUUAGAAGACAGAACUGACGACGAUCAAUUUACGGACGAGAAGAGCUUCUUGGUCCGCCAGAUCGAACUAUUACCCAAAGAGCCUGUGGACCGGAGUCGACCUGCUCGCGACUCACCAUCUGGGGCUAACACGACUGCUGUGGCUUGA